GUGUGCAAUGUCCUUCCAAGGGAGCAGUGGUGCAAACUGGAGAUGGAGCAGAGUUCAGGACCCACGCUACAGGGCGCAGAGACAAGUUGGCCGUAUGUUCUAAUGCUGGAGCUGGGAACCUUCAUUGUGGACAUAAUGGUGAAGAAUCUUAAAAUUAACAGUGACAUCCUGAACCCCGCCUAUGACAAAAAGCUCAUCCCCAUCCUCUACCACAUGUAUACCUUCCGCAGCACCAGACAGGUUGGCUUCAUCAAGCCACACCCCAUCUUGACACAGAUGCAGCAGGAAGCCAUGGAGACCACGCUGACCUUUGACUCGUCAGUGAUGCCGAUGCUGUGCCCUCCGGUGCCGUGGACAUCGGAGAAGUUCGGCGCCUACCUGCUCACCCCGGCCAAGCUGAUGCGCGCCACGCACGGGGCCACGCAGCACGAGGAACUGCUGGAGAAGUGUCCGAAUCUCCACCCGGUUUUUGACUCGCUCAACCAGUUGAGUAAUUGCGCCUGGAGGGUCAACAAGCCAAUUCUGGACAUAAUCAUCUCGAUCUUUAACGACCGGGGCAGCGAUAAGCUGGACAUCCCUCCGCCUCUGUCAGAAGCCCCUAAAAUACCCCACUUCAACCCUCAAGACCCCGACUACACAGCCAGCGAGAAGGCACACAUGAAACGAGAGGUGAUCAAUGCCAAGAAGAAGUGCAGCGAGAUGCACAGCCUGCGAAUGGACGCUCUUUAUAAACUCUCCAUUGCCCACCACAUGCGGGACAAGCUGUUCUGGUUUCCCCACAACAUGGACUUCAGGGGCCGCACCUACCCAUGUCCCCCGUAUUUCAAUCACUUGGGGAGUGAUGUGACUCGGGCGACGCUCGUGUUCGCUGAGGGGAAGCCUCUUGGUCCCAAGGGUUUGGACUGGCUGAAGAUUCACUUGGUCAACUUGACGGGGCUGAAGAAGAGGAGCUCACUGCAGGGACGUCUGGAAUACGCCGACAGCAUCAUGGAGGACAUCCUGGACUCUGCAGAUGACCCUCUGAACGGCAAAAAAUGGUGGAUGGAGGCCGAUGAGCCAUGGCAGGCACUGGCCUGCUGCAUGGAGAUCGCCAACGCAGUCCGGUCACCGGAUCCAACUAAGUUUGUCUCUCACUUUCCUGUUCACCAGGACGGCUCCUGCAACGGCCUCCAGCACUACGCAGCUCUUGGCAGAGACGUUAUCGGUGCGACUUCAGUCAACCUCAUGCCCUGCGAGGUGCCCCAGGAUGUGUACAGCGGCGUAGCCCAGCAGGUCGAAGAGCUGCGAACUCGGGAUGCUGCAAAAGGCCUGAAGAUCGCCCAGGUUCUGGAGGGCUUCAUCAGCAGGAAGGUGGUCAAACAGACGGUGAUGACUGUGGUGUACGGAGUCACUCGUUACGGAGGGCGCCUGCAGAUCGAGAAGAGGCUAAAGGAGAUUGAUGAGUUUCCCAAGGACCAUGUAUGGGACGCGUCUCAUUACCUUACGCGCCUGGUGUUCAGUGGCCUAAAGGAGAUGUUUACGGGAACCAGAGAGAUUCAGGACUGGCUGACAGAAAGUGCCAGGCUCAUCUCCAAGUGUGGCCACACUGUGGAGUGGGUGACACCCCUGGGCUUACCGAUCAUUCAGCCUUACCACCGCACACGCAAUUUAUUGCUGAAGAGCACCAUGCAGCAUAUAAGCCUCCAAGUCACCCACGACACUACAGAGAGGCCCGACACAGUAAAACAGAAGAAUGCAUUCCCGCCCAACUUCAUCCACUCUUUGGACUCCACGCACAUGAUGCUGACUUCUCUCCACUGCCACAGUGCCGGCCUGACAUUCGUCUCGGUUCACGACUGUUUCUGGACCCACGCCCUCACCGUGGACACCAUGAACAAGAUCUGCCGGGAGCAGUUUGUCGCCCUGCACAGCCAGCCGAUUCUGCAAGAGUUGUCCAGCUUCCUGCAGCUCAGAUACUGCUCCACAAUCCAGAGUGAAGCCAAGAACAAGAAGUACCAGGAGUACAGGAGGUUGAUGUUGCUGCUGGCCAAAGUGCCCCAGACAGGUGAUUUUGAUCUGCAGCGGGUGAAAGAGUCCACUUACUUCUUCAGCUGAGAGGCCCGCGAGGGCGAAGCGGGCUUAAAGAGAUGAGUGGAAUUGACAGAGUGCAGCAGGGAGGCUGCUGCUGGCCCGGGAGUCUCAACAGGCUGUGUCUCUCUCGCAGACAUGAGGACAUUGAUCUAGCCGCGCCCUGCCUGCCUUCCUGGCCCACAAACUGCUACCGGAGGCGCGCGCGCUCUCUCGCUCUCUCGCUCUCUCUCUCUCUCUCUCACACUCACACACACACACACACACCGUGAUUAACUGGCUUUCCGACUGCUGGAGAAGCUGGGCGGGACGCGCAUCAAGGAGAAAAAAAUGAGGGAAUCGGCAUCGGUGGCGAAAGAAAAAUACCUCGUUUGUCAGAUGUGUAUUUAGGUACGUAUUUGUGCUUAUUUGCCAAACUUGAAUCGACUGUGAGCUGCGUCUUUUCGUCCGCAAGUCAGAAACACUUCUGUUGCUCAAUCACACUGACAAGAAAACUUUCUUACUGACUGUAAUGGGAGCUGAUUAGCGGUCUAAGAGUUUGUAUGUGUGUGAGAUGCCGUAAAGACCACCAGUGAGCUCUAAAAAGCAGGAAACAAAAAAGAUUUGUUUUUUUUCUUUUUCUAAGGUUAAACUGAUCUUGGUUCUUACCCUGGAGAACUGAGCUUUUUUAAAUAAAUGUGUUUUCUAAAA